AUGGCAGAGCACCACCGGCAAACACAGGUGUUUUUCGACCUCGGACUUUGCUCCCCGGCGCGGCCGUUGCUAGCAGGCCUCCUCCCGCGGCUGCCUGCCCGCUCUGCAAAGGGAGUUGCUCUCGCAGGGCGGCGAGGGUAUUACCCAUGCCUGCUGCCGGUUGUUUCAGAGCUCUGUGAGAAUGCUGUGCUACACAGGUUUAACUGGAGUGAGCUGAUCCCUCUGCGGUUAUGGGGGAGGACCCUAGGUUUGCAGACAGAAAACUCACAGUUCCUCCUGGAAGGCAUGCCUUUCCGCAUAUUUGGAGGCUCAAUGCACUAUUUCCGAGUCCCCAGGGAAUACUGGGAAGACCGCAUGCUUAAGAUGAAAGCAUGUGGCUUAAACACCCUCACGACGUACGUGCCGUGGAACCUUCAUGAACAAGAAAGAGGGAAGUUUGACUUCAGUCGAAAUCUGGAUCUAGAGGCCUUCCUUUCACUGGCAGCUAAAAAUGGACUGUGGGUGAUUCUGCGUCCUGGACCUUAUAUCUGCUCUGAAUGGGACCUUGGUGGUCUGCCCAGUUGGCUUCUGCAAGACCCAGAGAUGCAACUGAGGACAACGUACAAGGGCUUCACAGAAGCUGUGGAUGCCUAUUUUGAUCAUCUGAUGCCUGUUGUAGUUCCUCUUCAGUACAAGAAAGGAGGCCCCAUCAUUGCAGUGCAGGUGGAGAAUGAAUAUGGUUCCUACGCCAAAGACCCAAACUACAUGACCUAUGUUAAAAUGGCCCUGUUAAACAGAGGGAUUGUGGAACUGUUAAUGACCUCGGACAACAAGAACGGGCUGUCAUUUGGCUUAGUGGAAGGAGCACUGGCCACUGUUAACUUUCAGAAACUGGAACCUGGGCUACUGAAAUAUCUGGACACAGUACAGAGAGAUCAGCCAAAGAUGGUCAUGGAGUAUUGGACCGGAUGGUUUGAUAACUGGGGAGGCCCUCACUAUGUCUUUGAUGCAGACGAAAUGGUGAAUACUGUAGCAAGCAUCCUCAAAUUAGGAGCAUCCAUCAAUCUCUACAUGUUUCACGGAGGCACCAACUUCGGCUUCAUGAACGGUGCUUUGGAGGCUGAUGAAUACAAGUCAGAUGUCACCAGUUACGAUUAUGAUGCUGUGCUGACAGAAGCUGGAGACUAUACAUCCAAAUUUUUCAAGCUCCGACAACUCUUCAGCAUGAUCAUUGGCCAGCCUCUUCCUCUGCCUCCCAUGAUUGAAAGCAAGGCAUCAUAUGGUGCGAUCCUGUUGCAUCAAUAUAUCUCUCUCUGGGAUGCGUUACCAUCUCUUUUACAGCCCAUUAAGUCAGAGUUUCCUGUUAACAUGGAGAAUCUGCAUCUAAAUGAUAGCAGUGGGCAGUCGUAUGGAUAUGUACUCUACGAGACUGUCAUUUUUGGUGGUGGACAUCUGCAUUCAAGGGACCAUGUCCGUGACCGAGCACAGGUGUUUGUUAACACCAUGUAUGUUGGUGAGCUGGACUACAACACCGUGGAGCUCUCCCUUCCUGAAGGACAGGGAUUCAGGCAGCUAAGACUCUUGGUAGAGAACCGCGGUCGCGUCAAUUAUGGCCUGGCAUUGAAUGAACAGAGGAAAGGCUUAAUUGGUGACGUCUUCUUGAAUAAAACCCCCUUGAGGAACUUCAAGAUUUACAGUUUGGAGAUGAAACCUGGCUUUAUGAAAAGCUUGCGACAUGUUGCGGGAUGGAGUGCAGUCCCAGAUUACUUUGUUGGUCCGGCUUUUUUUCGCGGAAGGCUGUGGAUAGAGCAUCAGCCACAGGACACUUUCUUGAAGCUACAGGGCUGGGAAAAAGGAGUUGUGUUUGUCAAUGGUCAGAACCUGGGCCGCUACUGGAAAAUUGGACCUCAGGAAACACUCUACCUUCCUGGCCCCUGGUUAUGGAAAGGGAGCAAUGAGAUUGUCAUUUUUGAAGAACGCACUGCAGGACGGAUAAUACAAUCUGUCGACAUACCUUAUUUAGGAAGGACCCAGUACGUGGACUGAUGAGAGCUUCUUUCCCAUGUUUGGUUUAUCUUGAAUAUUCCUGGUUGCAUGUCUGGGGACACAAUGGCCCAGGUACUUGGGCAUGAUAAUUUCUACUAGACCCAGGUAAAGAAUUUGCUCUUUGGCAGUAAGUUCAGAAGAGAGAAUGGGCCCCGAAGGAACC